AUGGCUGCGCGCGCGCCACGCGCGUGUUCCAGCUCCGGAAUCCCUGGACUCCAUGGCUUGCUCCUGCAGGGCAUGGUGGAGCCCCGCGAGAGCGACUUCAUCACGGUGCCAAUGCCGUCGCUGGAGCAUCAGGCCCAGCUGGAAGAGCAGGGUGAAGUGAAAGAUCCGGCGCUCUUGGCGAGCCGUGGAACACUUCGCUGGGCAGAGAUCCGCUUCAAGAGUGUUGAGCAGGCCCGGCGGCGAGCUGCCAUCCUCUUCUUGUGUAGCUGGAGCGCGCUACACCGAGAGGCCGUUCCUUUCGUGCCCAAGUCCAUGAUUCAGAACGUGGAGGUCGGCGCUGCGGUGCUCCGCUUUUGGAAGGUCUAUGGGCUGACUUGGGGCAUUGGAGAGAAGACCUCCUCACAUAAACUGAGGAGCUUAGCCCUGAAGCACAGCUCACAGAUGGUCUGCCUGAACGGCCGUGAGACCUGGUCCUUUGUGAUGAGGCAAGAAUGGCUUGGCAUGGAUCGUACCGGCCCGUCGCUUUCGGAGAAGCCUCGCACAGUGAAGGAGGUCUUCGCUGGAAACAAAUGGGGAGUCAGCUCGAGUGGCCUGACGGGAGCAGGAAGCCCGAUCACCCUGCGGGGGGCGCGGGGCAGCUAUCGAGGGGCCGCUGGCACAGUCCUGCCGCCCCUGCCGCCAACAAGGCCCAACUCGGCCAGGACUCCGACGAGCUACACCGGUUCCCCAGGCUCCAGCUAUUGCUCUUCCCCGCGCGGCCACGCGCAGCUCAGGGCCUACGAGGAGCAGAAGCGCUGGGGCGACGCGGUCCAAGACGCCAUCGCGAGGAGCCCGGUGGCGUCGCCACCGAGGCCGCCUCGGACGGCCAGGACGCCCAGGAGAUCAAGAGAAUCCAGAGGAUCUAGGCCACACACUGAACCAGGUAGUCGCAAUGAAAGCCCUCGGCUGAAUCGAAAAGAGCGGGCAUCCUAG